UCUUGUUUCCUUCCCUCGUUGUCUUCGCUCUCUCUCUCUCUCUCUCUCUCUCUCUCUCUCUCUCUCUUGUUUUCAUUUACACGAUCACUGCAUUUCAUUGUUAAAUUUGCAGGAACCAUUUUCAUUCCCGCUCGGAAAAUUUUUUGUUUUAUAUAUUUUUCUGACUUUACAAAAGCGUUUGAUGGACUGUGUUUCGCGUACUAGGAUCGCCUGUCCCAAACUCACCUGUCCUUCUACUACAACUUAUGCUCCUUCUUCCUAUGGCUUCUCUUUACUGAGCUCUAAAAUUUCGAGUAGAAAUGGUAAAAGAAGAGGUGGCGUGUUCGCCCAGAUUCGGAAGCAGAGUCCUCCAUCCAUUGAUUUUAGUGAUCCUGAUUGGAAAAUUAAGUAUCAGAAAGAUUUCGAGAGACGUUUUAAUAUUCCUCAUAUUACUGAUGUAUUUCCUGAUGCUGACCCUAUUCCCUCCACAUUUUGUCUCAAAAUGAGAACUCCAGUUACAGAGGAUUUUGCAGAUGGUUAUCCAUCUGAUGAGGAGUGGCAUGGUUAUAUUAACAAUAAUGAUAGGGUGCUUUUGAAGGUCAUACAUUUCUCAUCUCCAACAUCUGCAGGAGCUGAGUGCAUUGAUCCUGAUUGUACUUGGGUUGAACAAUGGGUUCAUCGAGCUGGGCCUCGGGAGAAAAUAUACUUCAAACCAGAAGAAGUAAAGGCAGCAAUCGUAACUUGUGGGGGGUUAUGCCCUGGUCUUAAUGAUGUUAUCAGACAGAUUGUUAUUACACUUGAGAUUUAUGGUGUGAAAAAGAUAGUGGGGAUUCCUUUUGGCUAUCGAGGAUUUUCAGACAAUGACUUGAGUGAAAUGCUGCUAUCAAGGAAAGUAGUUCAAAAUGUUCAUCUUUCUGGUGGAAGCUUGUUAGGAGUUUCACGUGGAGGGCCUGAUGUUAGCGACAUUGUGGACAGUAUGGAGGAAAGAGGAAUCAACAUGCUUUUUGUGUUAGGUGGGAACGGCACCCAUGCUGGAGCGAAUGCAAUACACAACGAGUGUCGUAAACGAAGGUUGAGAGUGGCUGUAGUUGGUGUACCGAAAACUAUAGACAAUGAUAUUUUGUUGAUGGAUAAAACUUUUGGUUUCGAUACUGCUGUUGAAGAAGCCCAACGGGCAAUAAACUCUGCAUAUAUUGAGGCACAUAGUGCUUAUCAUGGCAUUGGGAUAGUGAAAUUAAUGGGUCGUAGUAGUGGAUUUAUAGCCAUGCAUGCAUCCCUAGCUAGCGGCCAAAUCGACAUUUGUUUGAUUCCGGAGGUACCUUUCCAUUUACAUGGUCCUCAUGGUGUUCUGAAUCACUUAAAAUACCUAAUUGAGACGAAGGGGUCAGCUGUCGUCUGUGUAGCAGAGGGAGCUGGACAGAGUUUUCUUCAGAAAACUAAUGCUACUGAUGCGUCAGGAAACAUUGUACUUGGAGAUUUCGGGGUACACCUUCAACAAGAGACAAAGAAAUAUUUUAAGGAGAUUGGUGUUCAUGCGGAUGUGAAGUUUAUUGAUCCAACAUACAUGAUCCGUGCAUGUCGUGCAAAUGCAUCGGAUGGAAUCUUAUGUACUGUUCUUGGACAAAAUGCCGUCCAUGGUGCAUUUGCUGGAUAUAGCGGAAUCACUGUUGGCAUAUGUAACACUCACUAUGUCUACUUUCCUAUUCCUGAAGUUAUUUCUUAUCCCCGGGCUGUAGAUCCUAACAGCCGCAUGUGGCAUCGUUGCUUGACUUCAACAGGCCAGCCUGACUUUAUCUAAUUACGUAGGCCUUCUAAUUUAUUUCAAGAACUAAGAAAUUUGAACUCCGAAAAGCUCAUUGAAGGACGGAGGAUAUGCCCAUAUCAGAGAAUUACUAAUCGGCUAGAGACCGCUCUUUAUAGGCUGUUGCAAUAAUACAAAAGAUGAAACUUCCUCAAAAUGAUAUCAUUAUUUAAUUCUAUACUUCUCAUGUGCCAUUUUUCAGAAUCACAAGAAGGCACCAUAGUAAUAAAAUUUCAGGAAUCACCAGAGAAGCGAUUCAGAAAGUUAGAUACAAAAUGUAACAUGUCUGUAACUGUAUUUAUACAUCAAAUUCUUGCAGUUCAUUACAAUGUGAACAAGACCAAGCAUAUUGGCAGCAUUUGUUGAAUUCAGGUAUAACUGAUAAGAGCAAAUUUAUGUAAA